AUGCCACGACGCAUCGUUCUAGAUUCCGACUCCGACUCCGAACUCGAAUUAUCCGACGUCCCAUCCCAACCCUCCGAUAAGCAGCUCGAGAAAGCUCUACGUGAUGCCGUCGCCCAGAUCUACAAAACGGGCAAGAUGGAAGAAUUAACGGUCAAAAGAGUUCGACUAGCGGCUGAGAAGGCACUGCAGCUUGAGGAGGGUUAUUUCAAGAAAAAUGGUGAGUGGAAGGCGAGGAGUGAGCAAAUUAUCAAGGAUGAAGUGGAGGUGCAAGAUGCCGCUGGGCAGGGAUGUCAAACACAAGAGGAAGCGGAACAUGAGGACAAUAGCACACCUCCGCAUGCAAACAUACCUACAAAACGCGCCAAACCAAAGACGUCCUCAGCACCUCGAAAACGCCGUAAGACGAGCUCUGAGAGUGAGUUGGAUGGCGAAAGUGAGGAAGAAACGAAAUCCACGAAAAAACAGAAACCCGCAACAAAGAAGGCAGAUCCUGAAUUGUCCGAGGAGAAGAUUCUAGAUGACUCUGAUACCAACGAGAAAGGCACCGAAUCUCCUAGGCAAAAUGCCGGCGCUGGCGGCGACUCGGAAAGCGAAAUGUCGAUUGUUUUAGAUGAAGAGCCUAAACCCAAGCGCCAAAGGCAGAAGAAGAGCGCCGCAGCAACUUCCGGAAAGGCGAAAAAGAGGGCCCCUUCGAAAGCAAAAGACACAGAUGCAGAUCAUAACCAGGCGGAGAUCAAGCGGCUACAAGGCUGGUUGAUCAAAUGUGGCAUUCGCAAGAUGUGGGCGCGAGAGCUGGCUCCGUAUGAAACACCAAAGGCGAAAAUCAAACACCUCAAAGAUAUGUUGAAGGACGCGGGGAUGGAAGGCCGGUAUUCCGUGGAGAAGGCUAGGCAGAUCAAGGAAGAGCGCGAACUCCGUGAGGAUCUCGAAAUGGUUCAAGAAGGAGCAAAACGUUGGGGUAAGGAGAAGGGAGACGACGGCAGUGACAGUGGUCAGCCCCGGCGGCGGCUAAAUCGAGGACUAAAGAGUCUCGCCUUUCUCGAGAGCGAUGGGGAGGAGACCGACUGA